CAUCUUACUUUAUCAUGUAUAACCGAAUCUGCUAAUUCACAGUACCACAGUUUCCAUCAAGAAUUUUUUCAGAUCUUACCUUAUAAUUAUUAUAUUUUCAAAUUUCAAUAACUACAAAUUAUUAUUCAACUAGGGUUGGGUUUUCUUCAACAGCUCUUUUUAGGUUUUCAUUUGAACCAAACACUAAUCCUUAUAUUCUGUACUUUGCCCAAACCUUGGUUUGUUAUUAAUAUUAAUUAGAAAACCUUAAUCAAACCAAAAACCAUCAUCCCAACUGUUUUAAUUUUGUUGUUGUUGUGUUGAGUUGAGUCCAAAAAUGUCUCAACAGCAGCAGCAGCAGAGUGAGACUACAAAUGGGCAGUCCAACAACAACAACAUGCCUCGCUAUCCAUCACCAACUGCCAAGUACGAGGAUGUUGCUCAAAGCUCUCAACUUUUCUGGGAAAAGCUCAAGGAUUUUCACAAAUCUCUCGGCCAAAAAUUCAAGGUUCCGGUUGUUGGAGGAAAGGCUCUAGAUCUGCAUCAACUCUUUGUGGAGGUCACAUCACGUGGAGGUCUUGAAAAGGUAAUAAAAGAUCGCAGAUGGAAGGAAGUGAUUGUGGUCUUCAGAUUUCCAACAACCAUUACAAGUGCUUCAUUUGUUUUAAGGAAAUAUUACUUAUCAUUGCUUUAUCACUUUGAGCAAGUUUAUUACUUCCGCAAACAAGUCUCUUCCAUAUCAACCCCUGGCACUGCUGGUGGGAGCCUUGUUAAUGGAUCUGCAAACACAACAGGAGAUGCCUCUACAAACCAAUUAACAGCUCUGGGAACUCCGGAGUUGAAGAUUGGCAGUUCUGUGAUGGGGACCAUUGAUGGAAAAUUUGAUAAUGGCUAUCUGGUUACAGUUAGGUUGGGCUCUGAUCAAUUUAAAGGUGUCCUUUAUCAUAUCCCCCAAAUGCUUCAAUUGUCUCAGAGUUCAAAUACUUCAGAUGUACCUCCUCACCGGCGCCGGAAGAGGUCCCGAUUAGCUUUAAGGGACCCCUCCAGGCCAAAGUCAAACAGGAGUGGUUAUAAUUUUUUCUUUGCCGAACAUUAUGCUCAGCUUAAACCUAUGUACUACGGGCAAGAGAAAACCAUCAGCAAGAAGAUUGGGCACCUAUGGAGCAAUCUGACAGAGGCUGAGAAACAGGUUUAUCAGGAGAAAGGGAUGAAAGACAAGGAGAGAUACAGAAGUGAAAUGUUGGAAUACAGAUCUUCCUAUGAUUCAACACCUCAAUAGCCUCCAAUGAGUUGGUUAUUAGGAACUAAUGGCAUGGUGUCAACCCUCUUCAAUGUUUGUUGUUGUCUUUGCUCAACUUUUCCCUUUUCUUCAGUUUGCUUUAUGAAGAUUAUGCGAACCCUGCCCUUGUGCAGAAACUUUUGGUGAUCGGAUGGCUGAGCUUUGUAACAUUGUGUUAUAUAUAUUAAUCAAUCAGAAUACUAGAAACCUGGAACAUAUAAGAUCAUAGUGAAGUUAGAAAAUUGUAGUCUGAGAAAAUCUGCAAUUACCGGCACAUCCUUUUCUUGGAUGGCAGAUGGAGAACUUGGAUUGGGUACAAAGAUGCCGAGAGGCCUCAGUUUGAGAAUAGGAAAAAUAAUUUGAAGCACUAAUAUUUGACUUGUUAGAUGUCACAUGAUAUCUUAAUGAUGAAUAUAUGAAUCAAUUUAAUUAAGUUUCGAGUUGAGUUAUGGGCAUUUUUAGACAUAUGUUGGUAAGAAAAGAGGUUUGGGUGUUUCAGCAAUAAUCCAACUGAUUUGAAUAGUACUAAUAUAUCCAACUGAUGACUGCGGGUAGCACAUUUCAAUUGAUUCGGAAGAAAUUUAAUUAGUUUUAUUACUUAAGAAACGCCUUUUUCAUUUCAUUUGACAUGAAAAGAGUAUCUAAGAAGAACAUGACUUCGACUACUUUGGAAUCAAUGGAUUAUUUCCCAUCCGAACAAUGUUUGUGUUAUGGGAAAAUAUGUGAUAGCCAAAUGAUAGAAGGCCGUAAUGGUAAAAGCAAAUCGUACUCAAGCAGAAUAUAAUUAUUGUACACGCUAGUGGCCUGAUAGAUAGACUUCUCAAAGCCAAGAUACGCCAACAAAUUAAGUGAUAAAAUAUAUAGUUUAGACCUAGCAUUAUACUCCACAGAAAAACAACCUUCUAGGUAAGUACUAAUAUAGAGAGGAGCUCAAAUCAAGACUGAAAUGGUUUCCACUUUUAAGCAAGUUGUGGUAUUAACACAAGCGGGGAAAAGGAAAAGAAAAGGCUCUAAUUAUGAUAACAAUGAAAUUUUACAUUGGAUGACUGCCUAUAAACAUUAGAAUACACAAAAAAAAAAA